AUGGAACAAGGUGAUCAAACAUCAUCCAACAGUCUUGAAGUCAUCUCCAUGAUUAUCUGGUUAUCAACAGGAAAUGGCAAAUUUUUCGAAUUACACGGCUCUCGUGAUACCAUUAAACAAGUCUUACCUAAAUCGUCCGAGAGUGCAUUUCGUUGGGGAUAUUACAAUUCUCCUGCUGAUCCUGACCGUCAAUCCUAUACUCAAGUACUCGAAGCUUUUCUCAAAUCUGGUUUUCAUAUCGAAGGUUCAUCAGGUGCUGGUACGCAAGGUCUUCUUCGUACUCAAUACAUUCUUGUCAAACGCAAUUAA